AGACACAGACUCGGAGGACAGUUCUGACGAGGAAGAUGAAGAUUGGCUUCCAGAUGAUGAAUCUGAUGAUGACUAUGAUGAAGCAAUUGAUGAACUGGAUAUCACAGACCAUCAAGAAGACCGAGCCCAUAGAGAGAGGAAAUACAUAGUCUAUGAGAGUUGCUUGAAAGAACUUUUGUCACCCUGUAGGAGUUGUCAAGAGCAUUGCAGAGUUGUGAUAAAGAGCAGGCUGGGGUCAUUUGUGCGUUUGUUGUCUUCCUGCGUGGCUUGUGGAUUUGUGUUCACUUGGGGUAGCCAGCCAUUGACUUCCAGGCUACCUUCUGGGGACUUGGAAGUAGCAGGGAGUAUUUUAUUCUCAGGAGCUAGUGUAUCCAAAGCUCUUCAACUAUUUAACAAUAUGAACAUUAUGUGCAUUAGUGAAAGGACAUUCAGGAAUAUUCAGAGUUCAUAUCUUAUCCCUGCAGUGCGGAACGUCUGGAUAGAGUACCAGACAGCUGCACUGCAACAGUGUGUUGCCAGAGAUGUCAAAGUGGGUGGUGAUGCUAGGUGCUGUAGUCCUGGACAUUCAGCAAAGUAUGGCAGUUAUUCAAUAAUGGACCUUGAAACUGGAUUGAUCUUAGCAGUUGAAUUAGUUCAGGUAACAGAGACAGAAAACUCAUACAGAAUGGAGAUGGAAGGUUUGAAGCGUUGUCUUCAGAGUCUUAAAGAAAGGAAUGUCCGUAUCACUGAUCUCACUACAGACAGGCACAUGCAAGUGAAGAGUUAUAUGGCAAAAGAAGAAACCUCAAUCAGACAUUGGUUUGAUGUACGGCAUGUUGCCAAAGGUAUAUUCAAGAAACUUCAACUGUUGGCAAAGAAGAAGGGCUGUGAAAAAAUCAAAGACUGGUGCCACUCUAUCUCGAAUUAUUUAUACUGGUCUGCAGCGACAAGUGAUGGUGAUCUUGUGGAGGAGAAAUGGCUUUCCAUUUUGAAUCAUGUGUGUGAUAUCCAUGAGGGGCAUGGGGAUAGAUUUCAGGCAUGUGAGCACCCUCCAUUGGCUGAUAGAUCUUGGAUUACCAAAGGUUCCAAAGCUGACAAAGAGUUGCAGUUAAUUGUUGGAAAUAAAAGACUUGUGAAGGAUGUCAGGAAACUUUCACCGGCACGGCAGACAUCACAGCUGGAGGCUUACCACAAGACUGUGUGCCACUUUGCACCAAAGUUUCACCACUUCUUUUAUGAUGCUAUGAAAGCAAGAAUACUUCUUGCUGCAACUCAUCAAAAUUAAAACACUCAAAGACGACAAGCUGUUACUAAAGGUGGUGAACUAAGAUGGAAAGUGGCUUACCCAAAGGCAAAGAAAGGUGAUCACACCCUGAAAGCUGUGAUGGACACAUGUUCAUAUGAGUAUGUAGAGAGAUUAAUGGAGGAAGCCUUCGACUUAAGGAGAAGACAUCCCUCGUAUGAGGUAGCUCAAGAGACAUUUCGUCAGGAAUGCCCACCACCAAUGGCUGCUUUUGGUAACCAAGUGGAUAAAGGUGAAGCAGUCAGAAGAUACCGGACACGUUUUAACCGUUGAAGCUGCUUGUAAG